AUGACAACCAAAAAUAAUAACUUAAAAAAAAAUAAAACUGGAUGGAGGGAAAUUGAUGUUUCGGAAUUAGAAAGAAUGCAACAACCGGGUUAUCGACGAAUAAACCAAGGGUUAACUCCUAAUGCCACUCCCUUAGCAAAGAGUAAGUAUGAAAUUUGUAAAAAUAUUUUGCGCUAUAAAAGGGAGCAUAAUUUGUCAGAAAAAGAAAUAGGUAAAUUGUUAGGAAUUAAACAAGUUGAUAAAUUAGAGUAUCUUUUAUUUCGCCAUAUUGAUUACUUUACUUUGGAUGAAUUGGUUGAUUAUGCCAGUGUGUUAUUUACUCCUUUCCAUUUAGCCAUUCACGAAGAAAAUAAUUUAUCUCCUUCCAAACCUAAUGGUCUGAUUUAUCUCGCUUAUCAGUCCCAUUCUCAGCCUAAUUUACUAACCAAUUCUGUCCAACUCACUCAAUUAGAACAAGAACGAAAUCAUUACCAAACUCUUUACCAAAAUCGGGUUCAAAAGGAUUUAGAACAUGACCAAACUCAAAAAAUUCAGCAACUUACCCACCAUCUUCAACAAUUAGAGCAUAAUUUAUCCCAAGAAAGAGAGACCAAAACUCUUUAUCAGCAAAAAGCCACUGAUUUAGAAACUAGUUUAAUGAAUUUGGCGAAAAGUAAACUAACUGGCAAAAAAGAAUCUUUAAAGUUACAAAAUUAUAAUAUUAUGGUAAUCCAAACUAAUGAAUUAGAAUUUAAAGGUAAAACUUUACAGGAAUAUUUGGAGUGGAAAUAUCCGGCUAAGGAAGAUAAAGAGGGGGUGAAGGAGAUCAUUAUUGGCAAUAUAGAUGAUGUUAGGAUAAAAUUUGGUGAAUUAGAUUUAAGGGAGUUUAAGAAUUUAGAGAAAAUUGUUGUUAAUGGUACUUCAUAUGAUGCUGAACAUAAAUUAAAUUCAUUAAAAAUUGGCGAUUGUGCUAAUUUGAAAUUUUUAGGAGUUUCUUUCAAUAAUUUGACCUCUGUUGAGUUUUUGAAACAACUGGUUAAUCCAGAGAAAUUGCAGGGUCUAUUUGUAAACUGUAAUAAUAUUGAACCGACAGACAUUGAGAUAUUUAGUCCAUUUGUUAAUUUAAGUAGUUUUAGAAUGGGAACAACAUCAAGAGGUUUAAAUUUUCGUAAUCGUUUCUAUGGUUCUUUAAAAUCCUUAAAAAAUUGUUCUAACAUAUUAAGUAAUAUUUUUUGUUUUGAUUUUACUGAUAUCGAUUCGGGUUUAGAAUAUAUGCCACUUCGUCAACAUGGAAGUAAAAGAAGUUCCUUCAUAGAAUGCUUUGGUGAUGAUGGUGAGGCAAAAACUAAAUGUGUAGUUAUCCAAGACCAAUUAAGACCUUUUGAUUAUGAUUUAGAAGCCUGA